AUGCUGAUGCGUCGCGUGUUGCACUUAGUCCCUCCGCGUCGCGCUGCAUGUUGCACUUGCUCGAUGUGCGUGUGCAUUAGUACUCUUUACCGUAACGUCGAUCGAUGCUUUCUCUCUCUGCUACACAACCUUUUCCAAUUGUCUGAUGGCCUGCGACGUUGUAUUUUCUCUCUUCUUUCUUGCUGUGAAUUGCAAAUUGCAGCAUUGCGCAGCGAGAUGUAUAGCGUGGAUUUGCUGACGUGCCAGUGUGACUUACAUUCUUACCGCAUUUCGGUUCUAUACUUUCUCUUAGAUCGAAAUUGCUUUGUUCUUUGUGGGUCUGGUGGAGAAGAUGAAAUAGUUGUACGGAAUCGAGUGGUGCGAAAUGUUGAAACGCUGGAAUUUGAAGGAAAAAUGUUUAAUUUGUUCUUGUAG